AUGCUAGAAGAUCUUCGCAUAUGCAUAUACUACCAGAGCCCUAUGUUAGCUGAAAAAGGCGUUUGGGACAAAGAGGCUUGGGAUCGUGUAGGCUUUGGGAUGCUGAGGCCAGAUGACCUUUCCGCUGUUCCGACCUGGUUUGAUGUGAUUAUCGAGGUUGCUCCACGUCUGAAAACACUAGCCUUUUCGCAAGGUCACUACCGCUCCUCUCACCAGACAUUACAUCAGGUUGAACAGCUUUCUCAGUCUGUUCAAUUUACCCAGCUUAGAGAGCUUCAUCUUCAUUGGAUUCAUCUCACCUCUGGUACCCUGAAGUCAUUUCUAAAUACUGCUAAGCCCACCUUGAGAGUCUUCACUCUCUUUGCAGUGUCAUUGGAUGCCAACGAGGAUUUGCCAAUAAAUGAUCCGAUCACUUCCAUGUACUGGCAGCGUCUUUGGGACUUUUUUCGAGACGAGUUGUCAUUACAGAGAUUUUCCAUGGGAAAAAUUACUUCUGACCCAAACAAAUAUUUGAUACAAGGACCUGAUGAAUUGACUAAGCCGAGCGAGAAUGCUGAGUUUGAUGCCGAAACGGCUGGAACUUCGUUCAGUGAAUGGAUCGAUUCACUGACCCUCGUGUUGAUCAAUGGAUAUCACCAUCUGUAUGACAGGGAAUGGAUAUACCAGGGUAUGUAG